GGGAUGCACAGAGAUGAUACUUCCAACAGGAGGCAGCGAUGAGGAAAGCAUAUUUCCAGCUUCCGAGUGGGACUACAAUGAUAGGGCCACUUUUUGCAAAUCUUACUUUGAUAUUGAGCCUCGACCCGACUGGAUUCCCAUCGAGUUUGGUGGCCAUAAUAUUAAGAGGGUGUUGAGAAGGUUUGGAAGUAAUAUCAUAUUCUUUAAUGGGUUAAGAGACCCUUGGAGUGGUGGAGGGGUCCUGAGUGAUAUAUCCAAGAGCAUAGUUGCCAUAGUAGCAGAAGAAGGAGCUCAUCAUGUAGACUUGAGAUUUGCAACUAGUGAAGAUCCAACAUGGCUUCAAGAAGUGAGGAAAAGAGAGAUCAUGAUCAUUGCUCAAUGGCUUUCUGAGUACUACCAGGAUUUGGCCCUCACUUAUUCCUAAGUCUUUAUGUCAACCCAUGGAGACACUAUAAUGCAACACCAACAACUAAAUCCUUGAUUUCAAAUUAGUCAAAAUACUUGAUUAUAUAAAAAUUUUUUCUCCGUCGUUUAUUUUUUAUUCACACCAAAUUUACGUUAAUAUAUUUCAAUAUUAUAUUUGGAGA